UCAACUUCCUUCGCUCCACACACAGCUCCUAGUCCUCUGUUUCCUCUCUCUGUCUCUCGCGUUCUGGUGGACAAUCUCUUUGGUAUUGCUCGACGUACGCCAUUUUCUUUCGCGCAUUGCAUUUAACAUGUGUUGUUGUACGUGAAAAAGCAAGGCGCUGGAGGACUCUCAGUACUCUCCUCGCUAGUACAGUAAAGGCAAAAGGAUACUAGAGUUAAGGCACUUUAAGACGGUACAAGAGCUCCUGUGACUGAGAAGGCCUAGUCAUGACUAAGGAACUCCAAGUGCUUAAGGCCCUUGAUGUUGCCAAAACACAAUGGUACCAUUUCACAGCAAUUGUGAUCGCUGGCAUGGGCUUUUUCACUGAUGCAUAUGAUCUCUUUUGCAUCUCUCUGGUGACCAAACUGUUGGGCCGCUUGUACUAUUACAAGGCUGGCUCUCCUGAUCCUGGCUCUCUGCCUUCAAAUGUCUCGGCUGCUGUCAAUGGCGUUGCCCUCUGCGGAACCCUUGCAGGGCAACUCUUCUUUGGCUGGCUCGGUGACAAAAUGGGCCGCAAAAGUGCAUAUGGCAUGACCCUCAUGCUCAUGGUCAUUUGUUCAAUUGCUUGUGGCCUUUCCUUUGGAAACAAUCCCAAAGCUGUUAUGGCUACACUGUGCUUCUUCAGGUUCUGGCUUGGCUUUGGGAUUGGCGGUGACUACCCGCUUUCUGCCACUAUCAUGUCCGAGUAUGCCAACAAGAAGACUCGGGGAGCCUUCAUUGCUGCAGUGUUUGCAAUGCAAGGUUUUGGAAUUCUGGCUGGUGGGAUGGUUGCUAUUAUAGUUUCAGCAGCUUUCAAGGCCAAAUACCCUGCCCAGGCUUAUAAAUUUGAUAAUAUUGGCUCCACUCCUCCAGAAGCUGAUUAUGUUUGGCGAAUAAUUGUAAUGUUUGGAGCAAUCCCAGCUGCACUUACAUAUUACUGGCGCAUGAAGAUGCCUGAAACUGCUCGUUACACUGCCUUGGUUGCCAAGAAUGCCAAACAGGCAGCUGCAGAUAUGACCAAAGUUCUGCAGGUUGAAUUGGAGACUGAACAGGAGAAAAUUGAUGACAGAGAACGGGGAAACGAUUUUGGUUUGUUCUCUGCGGAGUUUGUUUCCCGACAUGGGCUUCAUUUGGUAGGAACCACGACUGCUUGGUUCUUGUUAGAUAUUGCCUUCUACAGCCAGAAUUUGUUUCAGAAGGAUAUUUUCACUGGCAUUAAUUGGAUUCCUAAACCAAAAGAAAUGAGUGCCCUUGAGGAAGUUUUCCGAAUUGGCCGGGCACAAACUCUUAUAGCUCUCUGCAGCACUGUGCCAGGGUAUUGGUUUACUGUGGCAUUCAUUGACAAGAUCGGGAGGUUUGCUAUUCAAUUAAUGGGGUUUUUCUUCAUGACUGUAUUUAUGUUUGCCUUGGCCCUUCCUUAUCAUCACUGGACCUUAGAAGCCAACCGAAUUGGUUUCGUUGUAAUGUAUGCCCUCACGUUUUUCUUUGCAAAUUUUGGUCCAAAUGCCACAACAUUCGUCGUGCCAGCAGAGAUUUUCCCAGCAAGGCUAAGGUCAACAUGUCACGGUAUAUCAGCUGCAGCGGGAAAGGCUGGGGCAAUAGUUGGGGCAUUUGGAUUUCAGUAUGCAGAAAAGGGUAUUGGAGUGAGAAAUACACUUAUUACGCUUGGUGUAGUCAACUUUCUUGGGAUUGUCUUUACUUUCUUGGUGCCUGAAUCAAAAGGAAGAUCAUUGGAAGAAAUGUCUGGUGAAGCUGAGGAAGAACAUGAAGUUGAGGAAGAAAGUGAAGCCGCUCCAGAAGUCAAGGCAGCAGGCUAGUCAUGACCUUAGAACUGUCUAAUAUGCUCUUUACAUAUAGCCUAAACAUGGAAUAAGCUCUUUUUCACGUUGGUUGCUUUUCUACAUGUCCUAUUUCCCAUUUGUGACCUGUCUUCUCUGCAAUCAACCAUAGUUCAUAUAAUAAAACAUCAUUUGCUGAUUGUUGUGUGAAAGUAAAA